CCGGCCUCAUUCCUGGUGCCGGACUCCUGUUCCAACAGCGCCCGGCCUGGGGCAAACGCAGGGCGGGGAGUCUGCAUGUGAGCGAGAGCCCUGUUCCUUCUUAAGCGCCCGCCAGUCAAGCCCGGGCCAGACGGCCAGCCAGCGGGUGCCCCACACACCGCCACCUGUCUUGCAGCCCCGCCGGCCGCCACCACCACCACCACCAGAGCCGGCCGCUGCCCGCCCUCCAUGGCCGACCAGCUGAGCGAGGAACAGGUGGCCGAGUUCAAGGAGGCCUUCUGCCUGUUCGACAAGGACGGGGACGGUGUCAUCACCACCCAGGAGCUGGGCACCGUCAUGCGCUCCCUGGGCCAGAACCCCACGGAGGCCGAGCUGCGGGACAUGGUGGGCGAGAUCGACCGCGACGGCAAUGGCUCCGUGGACUUCCCUGAGUUCCUGGGCAUGAUGGCCAGGCAGCUGAGGGGCAGGGACAGCGAGGAGCAGAUCCGCGAGGCCUUCCGCGUCUUUGACAAGGACGGCAACGGCCUGGUGAGCGCGGCCGAGCUGCGGCACGUGAUGACCAGGCUAGGGGAGAAGCUGAGUGACGAGGAGGUGGACGAGAUGAUCCGGGCCGCCGACGUGGACGGGGACGGGCAGGUGAACUACGAGGAGUUCGUCCACAUGCUGGUGUCCAAGUGAGGGGCCGGGCCUGGUGCUGCGGGAACCUGGGGCCGGCCUUGCUCCCUGCGUCCCUCGGGCCCCUGUGGGCUCUGCCGCUUCUCCGUUCCAGGUGACUCUGCCCACCUUUGUGUGCCUCCCUUUGUCCCCUUUUCCCUCUUCCCAGCCAGGUGACACGGGCCACCCCCAGCCCAGCAAACGCCAGGUGCUUCUGCCUGUCAGUAGCAGCAGUGACAUUGCUCUGCAUGGACAGUGGGCAGAGGACCAGUGCAAGUCCCACUGGCCACUGGGGAGGGUGACAUCAUAGAGCCCUUGGCUGGACCCCUGGAAGGCGCUCAGCACUGGGGCGGGGCCGCGGGAGCCCCCAGCGCCGGGGAGCGGUUCCGGAGCCUCCUUGGCUCCAUCUGCCACUCACUGGGGCGGGUGGGAGGGAACUGGCCUAGGUGAGGGGCUGCUGGAGAUGUUGACACUUGCGAUCGGGCUUCCCCGAGAAACGUCACCCCCUUUCCACGGGGCGCUCGCUUGUCUGUGAUUCGUCCUUUGCAGCUGGGAGUAAAACUGGGGUUAGUUGUAACACGUGUGUGUUCAGCUUCACGGAGGGAAAUCUGAGCGGGAGGGAGAAGGAAGCACAGGGGAAUAAUAAAAUGCUUGCAUCCCUGUCACGUCUCCUU